GCAAGAGCACACUCAUUCACUGACUCAAAAACAGUCAUAGAAAGCCCAAGUGUAAGGAUGGAAGACAAAAUCAGGGAACUGAUCAGACAGUCUCAGGAAGCAAAGGGUCAAGCCUACUGUCCUUACAGCAAGUUCAGAGUGGGGGCUGCUCUCCUGACAGACAACGACUGUUACUUUAAAGGUUGCAAUGUGGAGAAUGCUUGCACCAACCUGGGUGUGUGUGCUGAAAGGACUGCCAUCACAAAAGCAGUAUCAGAGGGCCACAAAACUUUCAAGGCUAUUGCAAUUGCUAGUGACAUGGAGGACAAGUUCAUUUCCCCAUGUGGUGCCUGCAGACAGGUCAUGAGAGAGUUUGGAUCAAAAUGGGAUGUGUACAUGACAAAGCCUGACGGCUCGCACAAGAAGAUGACUGUGGACGAGCUGCUGCCAAUCUCCUUUGGUCCUGAUGACCUGUCCGUGAAGAAAAUAAAUAAAAACUAACAAGCUUGUACUCCAGUACAAUGCUGUGUUGUUGUAGAUAAAAAUAUUUAUUAGUUUAAAGAAGCAUGAAGGAAAUUACAUAAAUAUCAAAGCAGGUCAAACUCAUCCACACAUUUAAAUAAACUAUUACAGAUGGAUAGGUACGUAAAUCAAGUACAAAGGACGUUGAAGAAAAAAAAAUGAUUUGAGUGACAGUGUACAGCAAAUAUUAUUUCUGAGCAGCAAAUUAUUCAAUUACAGAGCAAAAACAGGAGACUGAGGGGCUGAAACAUUUAAAUUGCCAGUGCAAAUUCAUUUAACAUUUAUUAGUGAUUUUAGGUCUACUUAUUCCAUGCAUUAACAUUUACAGUGGUUUGAGCACACAGACUCAAAAAGGGAAGGUAUAAUAUGGUAUGAUUUAUCGUUUCUCCCUGAUUCAGACAACUGGCAACAACUUAAAAAAAUAAGUGAAAUCGCCCCCAAACAAACAGUAACUGUAGUGACGAAAAGGCAGAUUUCAACAUUCUCAGUAUGACUUACCAAAAAUGACAUUUAACAUCUUUAGAAUUCAAAUGUAACAUAUUUAAUGUUAAAUCCUUAACCAAAACAGCAGCAAGACAUGGCAACCUGGUCUGAGCAGAAAAACAUCAGGACAAAUCCUAUAUGUGUGUCAAUGUAAGUGAUUUUAUGUGAAUAAAUUGUUUAUUGCUGUU